AUGCAUGCUGUUGGCCGUGCAAGUGAUAAGGAGCCUGUUUUCGUUAACAUCGCCUAUCGUGGAAACCCAGAUUCACAAGACUGGACUGCAUAUGUUGGAAAGGGUGUCUGCUUCGAUACUGGAGGACUCAAUAUCAAGCCAGCUGGGAGCCAUGACUGUGCUUUCUGCCUUUCAAUCCGUUGUCAGGGAAAAGGCCAGAAUCAACUUGACUGCACUAUCGGCCUCGUUGAGAACUUUAUCAACGAAAACAACUACAGACCUUCUGACAUUAUUACAAGUCGCAAGGGACUGACCGUUGAAAUCGGAAACACUGAUGCUGAGGGACGCUUGGUCUUGGCUGACUGCAUGAAUUGGGUUCAGGAGAAUUUCAAUGUUAAGGUGUUGAUUGAGCUAUCAACUCUUACUGGAGCUAUGAUCACCUGCUUGGGAAGUGACGCUACCGGACUUUUCAGUAAUGAUGAGGGCCUUGUUCAUGAUCUGAAGGCUGUUGGAGAAAAGAUCCAUGAACGCUCUUGGCAUCUUCCUGUCAACAAAUAUCAUAAAGAUAUUAUUACCCCCAAAUACUGCGACCUCACCAACCACUCAGGAAAAGCCGAAGCUGGAGCCAGUCAAGCUGCUGCCUUCUUGAAGGAGUUUGUUGAGCCAGGUGUUAAAUGGGCUCAUUUGGACAUCGCUGGAACAUCUAUGGUCAACAAUGAAGCCACCGGAUGGGGAUCCCGCCUAUUGUCGAGUAUGCUUGUGAAGCUAGCAUCAGGGAGAAAGAGCAUGGAAAAGAUCAUUCUUAACAUCAUGGCAUGGACAUGGCAUGGACAUGGGCAUGGACAUGGACAUGGACAUGGGCAUAAGCAUCAUUGA